CGGGCUGUGUCGCUAGGGGAUGAACGGAUACUUCAGGAGGAGCGUCACGUCUCCGGCUGGUGAAGGAGCACACAUCUGGCGCGCAAAUGGAACAUUUAAAAACCUUGGUUUCCGUGGUUUAACUGAGCCGAGCCGAUACCAGGGUGACUCUGUAGCAGCGGAGAGAAGAAAAGUCGCGGAUUUUAUCUUAUUUGGGAAAUAUUUGAGAGACAGAUGGCUCUUGGAGGCGCGUGCCGUGCGUAAAAGGCCAUUUUUGUGUGUUUAUCAGUAGAUUUCUGACCUUCUAAUGCAGCAAAGAUUAAUAAUUGUGAAAAGUGUGGAGGAAUCGUUGUAAGUUGAUGAAAACAUCUAAUUAAAAACAACGAGCCGAGCCACUUGGACAGACUCAGUCGGUUACAGGUGGUUUUCACGCUGCGCACCACUUUGUCUCCGUCUGGAUCUCAACACGCCCCAUGGGUCAUCAUCAGAACCGGGUUCUGACAUGACAGGCUGCGUUUUCUGAUCUUCUUGAGAGCAAUUUUUCGGUUUGAGACGGGAGCGACCAGCUUCUAAAUGAUCAGCUCGGUGUGCGUUUCGACUUACCGAGGGCGCAAGUCAGGAAACAAACCUCCGUCCAGAUCAUGUUUGAAGGAGGAGAUGUCCAGAGGCGAAGACUCGGACAAGAUCAUCAUUAACGUCGGCGGUACCCGACAUGAGACCUACAAGAGCACUCUCCGGACGCUUCCGGGCACGCGCCUGGCGUGGCUGGUCGAGUCGGACUCGCAGGGCAGCUGCGACUCGGACGCAGAGCCUCCGAGCUGCACCGAGUUCUUCUUCGACAGGCACCCGGGCAUCUUCGCCUACGUGUUGAACUACUACCGGACCGGAAAGCUGCACUGCCCGGCCGACGCGUGCGGGCCGCUCUUCGAGGAGGAGCUCGCCUUCUGGGGAAUCGAUGAGACCGACGUGGAGCCAUGCUGCUGGAUGACCUACCGCCAGCACCGGGACGCAGAGGAGGCCCUUGAGACAUUCGAGCCACCGGACCCGGAGGAUACCGACGAUGACAAAGACACGCCGAAGCGGUUCGGAAUCGAGGACUGCAGCGACAGGUCCAGGGGCUGCUGCGAAGUUUGGCGACCCAAAGUCUGGGCCCUGUUCGACGACCCUUACUCAUCCAGAGCUGCCAGGGGAGUGGCACUCAUCUCUCUCUUCUUCAUCCUGGUUUCCAUCACCACCUUCUGCCUGGAGACUCAUGAGGCCUUCAAUGAAUUAAAAAAUACUACACAGCCAGAUGUCACAGCCAGCAGCACAAAGGAAGAGGUGAUGCCUGAGAUGGUCCCUUACCCAAUUUUCUUUUUGGUGGAGGGCGUCUGUGUGGUGUGGUUCACCAUUGAAUUCCUGGUGCGUAUCAUCUGCUGCCCAAACAAAGUGGUCUUUGUUAAAAACACCCUUAACAUCAUUGACUUUGUGGCUAUUCUGCCGUUUUACUUGGAGAUGUGCCUGAAAACCCUGACAUCCAAAGUUGCCCAUGACGUGCUUGGUUUCCUCCGUGUGGUGCGGUUUGUAAGGAUCCUCCGGAUCUUCAAGCUUACGCGCCACUUUGUUGGCCUGCGUGUUCUGGGUCACACGCUGAGGGCCAGUGUCAACGAGUUCCUUCUGCUCAUUAUCUUCUUGGCUCUGGGGGUGCUCAUCUUUGCCACCAUGAUUUACUAUGCCGAGCGCGUCGGAGCUGACCCCAGGGACCCCACGCAGACCAGCCACACGUACUUCAAGAACAUCCCCAUCAGCUUCUGGUGGGCAGUGGUCACCAUGACAACGUUGGGCUACGGGGACAUGUAUCCAAAGACAUGGCUGGGCAUGAUGGUAGGGGCUCUGUGCGCGCUGGCUGGCGUGCUGACCAUCGCCAUGCCCGUUCCUGUCAUCGUCAACAACUUUGGCAUGUACUACUCACUGGCUAUGGCCAAGCAGAAGCUGCCAAAAAAGAAAAAGACGCACACGUACAACCCAGACGCCCCGACUGACUCGGCUUCGUUUGUGAAAUCGGAAACAAACUCACACAUAGACAGCACUCAGAGCGACACGUACCCACUGGCUGCUGAGGAGAACAUCAGCAGGAACCGCUCAGUCAUCCUGUCAGACUCCAAACAGAAUGGGGAUGCAAAUGUGGCCCCUUCAGAUGAGGAAGGCUGCAGUAUGACCCAGCCGCUGUCCCCCAGUGAGAAGUGGUCCCUGCGGUGUUCUCGAGGCAAAGGCAAGAACAAGAAAGAGGCCACCUGUUUUCUCCUGACAUCUGCAGACCCCAACAUCCAUGGUGAGAGCUGUAAAGACAUUCUCAGUGCGACUGGAAACUUUUCUCAGCCAGAGGUCACCACUCUGACCUGAUGAUGAGUUACUCGGCGUACGGAGAGGACAUCAAGUCUGCUGUUUAUUAAAUCACAGCUGUUUUAUUUCCCCAUAAGCCAAUUGCAGAACCAGUUCUUCUAAUAUGAGACAAGUUUUUUGUUUCCUCAUGUAUCCAAAAGCCUGUAGAACAUCAGUUCAGUAAACAUAUACGCUCGUUUACAUUUUGCAUGUAUUGCAUGGUCCAGGAUUGAAUGCUGUACAAGUAAAGAUCUGGCAGAAACUUGUAUUCUUGUCAUUUAGUGGAUACAAAAUACAAAUUCUUCUCAGUUACUGUUUUAUUAUGAGCACUGGGCUCCUGCUUAUAUAUUUGGAGAACAAAUUUUCCUUCAAAGUUGGAAAAAUGUAGUUAUUUUUUUUACUUUUUUGUCCCUUUCUGAUAGCUGCUAAAAAACAGACGUGUCUGCAACUUCCCUAAUUUGUAAACUGGUGUACAACAAGGUUUAUUCUGGUAUUUAUACUGUAAAACUACAUUUCUAGAUGUCUUUUUUUAAGAGAAGACACAUUCCAGUGGUAGAGUUCUGCAGGGUUGAGGAGGCUGUCAGUCAUUCCCAUAAAAAUUAAUGUGACGUGAUGUCCAGAUGACGCACACAGACUUGGACCAGUGGGUGAAGCCACACACUGCUUAAUGUGCCUAAAAGUCAGAUUGAAUAUUCUGUGACUUUCAGACAUGUUUUAUGUGUAAUUUAUGCUUUUUCAUUUAAAAUCUGCAUUAGAAUGAACAGUAAAUGUAUCUUUGACAGAAAAUCACCAGGACACUUUUUCUUUUUCACAAUGCAACUUUAGUCCAUGACGGCAACUUUUAUUAAUAACCUUUUAUGUCAGCCCCGCGGUUGUUCAACAUCCUUGCUGAACUCAGACGCAUCAUCCUUCAGAAGAAACAUCAGAGAUGUUGAGUAAGAAGUCUGGAUGAUCUGGUUUUCCUGUUUCUGCCUCGUAUCACUCACCAUAAACUCUUCAACAACAGGAAAGUUAAAAAAAAUGGUUUGGCUGUAUUAUCUGUGUGAUUUCCUUCAUCUCUGCUCAGCUGAUGCUUCACUAGUGGCUGACUCUGGACCAAAAAGCAGACUUGAUUACAUUACAGGGCGUAUGCAAGUAAAAACGUCACAAUUCCAUGGGUGCGUAAUGGAGUUUAUAUGUCUGCAGUAAUGUUAUUUAAUUUGUGUCUUUUUGCUUAAGCUUACGUUGAACCUGUUAAAACCCCAGAAGCAGCAGCAUUAUUGUCUGUUUAACAUUUCCUCAUGGUCUACCAUAGAGGCCUUAUGUUGAAUAAUAAACAAAAAGGAAGUUUGUGUUAUUGUUAGACUAUUUCUACACCUAGAGUCUGUUUUUCUGUAGAUGCAGCUGUAAUUAUGUAGCACAGUAGAAUAUUGUGAAUCAUUCAACCCUUUAAUGAUGCAUAAAGAGCUGUUAACCAACAAAGAAAGAUUAUUAUUUUGAUAAUUCAUAUUUCUAACACCUGUUUUCUGUUUUUGCUGAUGACAAUUCUCUUAUCAGACAAGCACAUGUUGAUAUUUACUCAUUAUGGAUUGUAUUAGUGAUGAACUAAAGCCCAAACUGUCUGGUCUGUUUGUGUGUGCGUUUGAGAGAGAGAGAGAGAUGUGUGUCACAUCAUGAAGGCAUGUUUCUCUAUGCAGAAAUACAAAUAAAACUCAUCCUUUUCCUGGUGUUAAAGAGAAGUUGGUGUUAUUUUAUAUUUUCUGUAAAUCAAAGUUCCAGCUGCUCAGUCCGUUAACUGUUCAGCUAUUUAUAAACCAGCUAGCAGACAGCGUUGUGCUGCUCGCAGCACUGUAACAACAACCACAGAUGUGCCUCCUGCUCUCUCCAGCGUCUGUGAUUAUGUGCCAAAGGUGUAGAUGGCACACAGAACACGUCUCCAUGGAGAUCUGGGAUGACAGGCAACACUAAUUAAUGCUCGGCUGCCUGCAUCCUUUCUCUCCCUCCCUUUGUCACAUGCAAAUAAACGCUGAGCUCUUUUUCUCUCAUAUAUACACUCAUCCUCUGUUCCUAUAAGCAGGAUUAUCAUUACAGUCGCUCCCUGAGAGGAGCGGAUGUUUGAUGCUUGGGGAUGCUUUUUUGCAGCACACUCUGCUGCAGAGGGGGAAGAAGGAGAGCAGCAUGUCAGAGGGAGUCGAAAGCUUGAGCAGCACAUGGAUACGAGCAACAGCUUGUGGUUUCUACCAGAGCUUUCAUGAACUUAGAGAGAAAAGCACCAAGAAGAGGCUCUUAUUCCAAAAGAUCAUUAGUUUAGAUUAGGAUCACAGUUUCCAUCAGUUGAGCUUUUUUUUAAAAAAAAAAAUAAGCAGAUAUAUUUAUUUUUGGUAUAGGUUCAGGAUUCUUGUUGCUUUCCUCAUAAGCACCAAAACUACCAAAAAGUUAAUCAGAUCUCCAGAUUUAACCUUUGAGCUGCAUUUCACCUGCUAAAAACAAGAAAUCCCCCUGAAAUCUAAAAUAAUUCAUUUUAAUGAUUUUAAAUCAAUAUUUUGUUUGCAUAAAAAUGGUUGAUUUUAUUCAUUGAAUAAAAUGUUUUUGUUGUUUAACAGUAUAAAAUCAGGAAGUAAAGGUUGAAAUUUAUCCUACUGUGUGAAAUCUUAAAUUACCAAAAGCAUAGGAGGGACACCAUGAAAAAAAAUUUGCUUGAGGAAAUAAAUAAAAAAAUCUGUUUUGUUGCUCAUAGGUUAAAAUGAUGUUUUCUGCUUUUUAAAACUGUGUAAAGCUUAGAAUUACCAUCUGACUCAUUAUAAACAGCCUUUGUUUACAUCCUAUAGGACUGAUGAGCUAACGGCUAGUCUAAGUGCAACCAAAACGAAAGUAGAAAAACGGGUUAAUAAAGUGAAUCGAUUAUUUUAGAUUUAAGCAGAUUUUUUUUCAUUUAAUUAGAUCAACUGGAUGAGUUUAAUAAGAAAAUGCUUUUUAAUAAUAUUGGGAAAAUUGCUGCUAAAAUGUAAAAUCUAUGAAGGCCCUCGCCUUUCAUGUUCGAUUAAACAAAACCCAAAUAACCAAACAUAGAAUUUCAGGCCUUCUAUCCCAGGAAUAAUAUAAUUUUUUAAAUAAAUUAUUGAAAAAUAAAUUUCUCCUGUAAUUGAAAGGGACUUUACGGAGUUUUGAAUUUUUUUGCUCGCGAUUGCCCCCUCAGGCCAAAAGUGUAACAGCAGCUUGAAUAGUAGGCUCGUGCACAAGGCGCGGAUGCUGUACGUGCACACUCCUUAACGAAAAUAACAGCUGAGACAGUCAGCUCCGUGUGUGUGUGUGUGUGGCCCGGAGAACAGAGGACGGGAGAACGUGCAGAUAAUUUGGUUCUGUAACUUUCUCUUCAGCACAGCCGACAAAGGUUUAAGAUAGGGGUUGCAUGACUUAAUUUUUUUUAAAGUCGACAGUCAAGUAAUGAAAAUCGAGUCGACUUCGACUAGUCGUUGAUGACGUCAUACACCUGAAGCGGCGCGCGCGGGGGGGUAGGUUCGCUGGAGUUUUUGACAAUUAAAAUUGCGCCCACAUUUUCAAAGUUAAACACAUUUCUUUUAACAACGGUAGUUUCUGCUUCAGCCCUCUCCCCCCUCCCCCUGUGCAGCGGCCGCAAACUCACUGGUGCGCCUGCAGCCUCUCAGAGUUCCUGCUGAUCUAAACAUUAAAAUAGUUAUUUCAUUUUCUGUUCCUCACUUCUGAUUACCUUCAAUGGUGUCUGUUUGUUGCAACCACCAGGUACAAAAACUAACUUGUUUUUAUUUGACUAUUUUUCUGUCCUGCCUGUUUAUUAUCUUCCGCAUCUCCUCUCAAUCCUAAAGAAAAACUGCUACCUGGGUUCAUUUAUAUUCACCUUAUGAGUUACCUUUGAACUGCAGUUCUAAAAGAUCUACUGACCACAAAAACAGCCGAGUGCCGCUGCUCGCCGGCCGACUACAACGGGACCGUUUUUGUUGCGGAGUUUGUGCCGGAGCGGAGCGGAGAUAGUGGAAUUUUGGGGGUGCAUCACCGGAGAACAAAACAUGUGAUGAGCCUCGCUCCGCAGCAGCGAAACGCAUCAGACACAAAUAACAGACAGAAAACAUUAAUGGAAAUGAGCCUACAUGAACGAUCGCGUGUUUAAUUUGUUUUUGAGGUGGUGACACCUGAUUUGGCGGUGCUCAGGACGCAGAUGUCUGGAGCGCGUCAACGAUCAGAGCUUUGCAUGCGCAAACUGGUUAAGAUUAGGAUGGGGGUGAGGGGAAGGUAAAAUUGCAAGAGGGAAAAGGUCACAGUUUGGUUAAAUGACCGUUUUACCGCCGGUGUCAGUACCGACGCUCUGGCACAGCAUGUCGCCUCCACCUCCCGACGCAGGGGCUCAUCAAAUCAACUUUAUUUAUAUAGCACUUUUCAUACAAAAAAAAUGCAACUCAAAGUGCUUUACAGAUUAAAAUGGCCCCAUAGAUCCCAUACUUCCAUCC